GGUGGGGGUGGGGUGCUGGGAGGUCGAGGGAUAUCGCACAGAUUUCUGUCUCACGUUUCAGUAUGUUGUUCAUUGAUCCCCACUGCAUUCUAUUAUAAUGCCCAAAUGGAUGGUGACAUGGAACCUUCAAAAUCUGUUCCCGGGAUUGUACCUGCACGCAGUCGUCCUGUUCGGCAGCAUCUGUGUGGUCUGCAGUGACUGCACGCCAGAGCAACUCGCCGCCAUCAUGAACUGCACCAGACACGAGCGCCACACUAGAAAUUAUGACUACAUGGAAGGAGGAGACGUGCGCAUCCGACAGCUGUUCAGCCGCACGCAGUGGUUCUUAACGAUUGACGACUUUGGAAACAUUAAUGGGACUCAAGAUCCCACCAGUUGCCACAGCAUCCUGGAGAUCAGGACUGUGUCAGAGGGAGGAAUCCUGGCCAUCAAAGGGGUGAAGAGCCAGUAUUAUAUCUCCAUGAACAAGGCUGGACAGGUGCAAGGCAAGAGGCUCUACAGUGAAAACUGCAACUUCAAGGAAGUUUUCUUAGAAAACUACUUCAAUGCCUACUCCUCUGCAAAGUGGACUAAAAAUGGGAAAGAAAUGUUCAUAUCCCUAUCACAGAAAGGACGACCACUGCGAGGGAAGAAGACCAGGAGGGAGCAUGUAGCAUCUCACUUCAUCCCGAUGAAAUGCAGGGAGGAGGAGAGAAGAGUGGACUAAAGACAAACUGUAUGAUGAUCACAUUAUAUAUGCUAAUAGACAUAGAACACAUGUAAGCACAUUACCAACACAACGCUCUCCUCAUUUUGAUUUAUCUCUGGCCAACAAGCUCAUGGUUUUGCCUACAUUCAUUUUCUAUAACCACUUAUUCCAGCUGAGGGUCACAGGGGAGCUGGAGCCAAUCCCAGCAGUCAAUGGGUGAGAGGCGUGGGACACCCUGGAUGGACCGCCAGUCUACUGCAGGGCCACAUAUAAACACAUUCAAACGCUCACUCACUCACAUCUACGGACAACUUGAAGUUUCCAAUUCGCUUAAUCUGCAUGUCUGAGGAAGUGAGCCGGAGCACCCAGAGGGAACCCAUACAAACAUGGGGAGAACAUGCAAACGACACUAAGCCAUCGUGGCUUCCUUUUGUCUACAGUGGGGUCCCCCCCAUCUCUAGCAGGAUUACUCCAAAACUAUUCAACCAGUUUUCACAAAUCAUUGUGUAAAUGUUGGAUCUGGCCUGAAGAAGAACACAUUUCAUUUUGGCGUGGCUCUUCCAAAGGCAUAGGACAAGUAGAAGACACUGAAUAACAGACAAAUAAUGAAUGUUUAUGAGUGCAUUGGUUAAGAAUAUUUGCAUGAGUUGAAAGAUGGGAUGUUCUAUUAAACAUGACGGAGCAGAAUCGAAUGAAACAUUCCAUAUGUCAAACAAAUCAAAAACAUCUGCAUUUGACAUUUGAUAGAGUGGCAGCUCGCCGACUCACCCCUGACUAGAGUUGCCAAGCUGCCAAGUGUUCAUUGUGGAAACACAAGUCUGUUUUCCUGAAUCCAGCAAAAAAGAGCUUCUAUGGCCACUAAAGAUGUUACCAUACACCAUACCAAUAACAACUUUAUUUAUAAAGCACCUUAAAACAGCCAGCACUGACACAAGGUGCUAUACACUAAAAACAUGACAAAUUAAAAUCGAAUAAAAUAAAAAGAACCACUAAAAUGCUAUUUAAAACAUUAUCAAACUAAGCCUCGUUUGUGUCAAAAGCCAAAGAAAAAAAAUAUGUUUAUUAACGAACUUUAAAUAUGGCCAGUGAGGGUGUCUCCCUAACACUCAGAGGCAAGCUGUUCCACAGUUUGGGAGCCACAACAGAGAAAGCUCUGUCCCCUCUGAGCUUUCUUUUUGACCUAGGCACUUGCAGGAGCAGCUGGUCAGCAAACCUGAGAGACCGACUAGGUGUAUACAGCUGAAGAAGCCCAGAGAGGUACAAUGGAGUUAGACCAUAGAGGGACUUAAAAACAAUUUUAAAAUGGACCCUAAAAUGAACCAGCAACCAGUGAAGUGCAGCCAGGACAGGAGUCAUAUGUUUCCUCCUCCGAGCCCCUGUCAAAAGCCGCGCCGCAACAUUCUGGACCAACUGCAGAUGGGAGAGAAGUGACUGAUUUACUCCCAAAUUGAAUGCAAAUUGCAGUGAUCCAGAUGAAGUGACACAAAAGCAUGAAUGACCAACUUGAAAUGUUGCCUGGAAAGAAAAGGUUUCAGUGUUGCCAAGCACUGCAAAUGAUAAAAACCAGAUUUCACCACUGCUGCAAUUUGACAGUCUAAUUUAAGAUCAUCAUCCAUCUUAAAACCAAGAUUAAGAAUAACUGGUUUAAAAUAUGCUUCCAGGGGUCCCAAAUCAGCCCAGUCUCACUUUUUUUUUCGUGCUCCCAUCACGAAAUGAGUCAAAUUUUCAUGACGGGUUUUUAAACUCACUAUUACUAACCCUACUCCUUCCCCCAACCCUAACC